AUGUCUUUGCACACUCCACUAUGCAAGCUUCUUAAAAUUCAACAUCCAAUCCUGCUCGCUGGUAUGGCUCGGGCUUCCAGCGCCCCUUUAGCCGCAGCUGUCUCUAAUGCCGGCGGUCUGGGCACCAUAGGCGGGCUGGGUUACACCCCCGACCAGCUGUCCGAGAUGCUCACGGAGCUCAAAUCUCUACUGCGAGAUCCAUCUCUGCCCUUCGGAGUAGAUCUAGCCCUCCCCCAAGUCGGGGGAUCGGCCCGUGCCACAAACCAUGACUAUACACACGGGCACCUCGAUGAAUUGAUUGAAGUUACAAUCGCGCACGGCGCAAGUCUCUUCGUGUCUGCUGUUGGGGUCCCACCAGCGAAGACAAUCAAGCGCCUUCACGAAGCCGGCAUUUUGAUCAUGAACAUGGUUGGGGCGCCAAAGCACGCCGAGAAGGCCUUCAAAGCGGGCGUCGACAUUGUGUGCGCCCAAGGCGGCGAGGGUGGAGGCCAUACCGGCGAUGUGCCAUUCUCCGUGCUCGUGCCGGCGGUGGUCGAUGUGGCCCGGCGGUACACGAGUCCGUUGACAGGGCAGCCGGCGCUUGUCGUGGCUGCCGGUGGAGUCAACGAUGGACGCAGCUUGGCGGCGUCGUUGAUGCUGGGCGCGGCGGGAGUGUGGGUGGGCACGCGCUUUGUGGCAUCGGAGGAGAGCGGCGCCAGCCGCUUGCACAAAGAAGCCGUGGUGGGAGCGCAGUACGGCGAGACGAAACGGACACUCGUGGUCUCUGGGCGGCCCUUACGGAUCUUGCCGAACGAGUACAUUAAGGAGUGGGAAGGACGACCGGCAGAUAUCGCGGCAUUGACUUCUAAGGGCAUUGUUCCUAUGAUGGAUGACCUGGAGAACGAGAAAGACAUCGACAUGCCCUUCCUCAUGGGAGAUGUUUCAGCCAGCGUGACGGCGAUCAAGCCCGCUGCCAUCAUUGUGAAAGAGAUGGUCGACCAAGCGGUCGAUGUGCUCAAGGUUGGGAAUUCAUAUAUCAAAGGCCCGGGGAGUAAGUUAUAG